ACAAAGAAGACAUUUUCUCUUCUUUUCUUUUCGUCAGUGGGAAACAACAGAGUAGGCUUUAGAGCUGCAAGGCAGGGAAGCUAUUAGAUAAAAAUAAAAUCUUGACCAAAAGCUGGACAUCAACAGAGUGAAAGCUCUGCUCCAUUCUCAUCAGAUACUUCCAAUAUAAAAAUAUGGAAACAAACAAACAAUACUAAACCAAACCCACUUAAGCCUUUCAAUAAUACAAUCUGGUAUCCCUAUAUAUAGCCCCCCAGAAAACCAGAGACCCUGGAAGCCGUUCCAACCAACAACUUCUUUCAUUCUUGGUCAGAAAAACAGAGCUCAUUGAUGGGGAGUUAUAGAAUGUGUGUCUGCUUUACUAGGAAGUUCAAAGUCACCGAGGCAGCACCGCCAACGGACGUUAAAGAUGCAUUCAAUAAGUAUGCUGAAGGUGGGCUCCACAUGACGGCGGAGCAGCUGCAUAGGUUCUUGAUAGAUGUGCAGGGGCAAGGCGGCGCAACGGUGGAGGAAGCAGAGGUGAUUGUGCAGCAGGUGCUCCAAAAACGACAUCAUAUGGCUAAGUUCAGGAAACACACCCUAACACUUGACGAUUUCCAUCAUUACUUGUUUUCAGCAGAUCUAAAUCGGCCUAUUGGUGAUCAGGUCCACCAUGACAUGAGAGCUCCUUUGUCCCAUUAUUUCAUAUACACUGGCCACAAUUCAUAUUUGACUGGAAAUCAGCUCAGCAGUGACUGUAGCGAUGUCCCAAUCAUAAAGGCGCUGAAGAGAGGUGUGAGGGUAUUGGAGCUUGAUAUAUGGCCAAAUUCCACAAAAGAUGAUGUGCAUGUUCUACAUGGAAGGACUUUGACAACUCCUGUUGAACUCAUUAAAUGUUUGAAAUCCAUUAAAGAACAUGCUUUUAGUGUAUCCCCGUAUCCGGUUGUAAUUACUCUUGAAGACCACCUGACUUCAGAUCUUCAGGCAAAAGUUGCUCAGAUGCUUACUCAAACAUUUGGAAAAAUGCUGUUUUGUCCUGAAUCUGAAUGUUUAAAAGAAUUCCCUACACCAGAGGAUCUGAAGUAUCGGAUCAUUAUUUCAACCAAACCUCCCAAAGAGUACCUUGAAGCUCAGAGGAAUAAGGGCAAAAUGAAUAAUUCACAGAAGGGGAAGGAUUCUGAUGAUGAUGUUUGGGGAAAAGAACCAGCAGAGCAUACAGCUGAUCUAGAAGAUGAGAAGACUGAUAGUGAUGCAAGUGAGAACAAUCAGGAUGAUGAAGACACAGAUUCAUUUGAACCUGAUUUACACCCUUCUGAAGCACAUCUCUACAAGCGCCUUAUUGCCAUUCAUGCUGGCAAACCCAAGGGUGGGUUGAAGGCUGCUCUUAAAGUUGAACUUGAUAAAGUUAGGCGCCUUAGUCUGAGUGAACAAGCCCUUGAAAAGGCUACAAUGUCUCAUGGGACAGACGUUGUGAGAUUUACCCAGAAGAAUUUCCUGAGAAUAUAUCCUAAGGGUACUCGCUUUAACUCCUCCAACUACAAGCCACUGAUUGGUUGGAUGCACGGAGCUCAAAUGGUUGCCUUUAACAUGCAGGGAUAUGGUAGAUCUCUUUGGUUGAUGCAUGGGAUGUUUAGAUCUAAUGGAGGCUGCGGUUAUGUGAAAAAGCCUGAGUUUCUUACGAAUGUGGAUCCAGAUGGUCAAGUGUUUGAUCCUAAAGCUAAGUUACCUGUGAAGAAAACUUUAAAGGUGAAAGUCUAUAUGGGAGAUGGGUGGCAUUUAGAUUUUAAACAAACGCACUUUGACUUGUAUUCCCCACCUGACUUCUAUACCAGGGUUGGCAUAGCAGGAGUGCCAGCUGAUGAAAUAAUGAAGAAAACAAAGAUGAAAGAAGAUGACUGGACGCCUGUUUGGGAUGAAGAAUUUACAUUUCCAUUGACUGUUCCUGAAUUGGCUUUGCUCCGAAUUGAGGUCCAUGAAUAUGACAUGUCUGAGAAGGAUGAUUUUGCAGGUCAAACUUGUUUGCCAGUCUCUGAAUUGAAACCAGGGAUUCGGGCAGUUCCCCUCUUUGAUCGCAAGGGACAGAAGUUAAACUCUGUAAGACUUCUCAUGCGAUUUGAGUUCGUCUGAGACUAUGAAGAGAUGUUUUGACUGGUGUAUUUAGUCUUGUUGAGGUUUCACUAUCGGAUGUCCGUUCUAUUCCUGUAACAUAAUCUUUUGUUUUCCAAUUGUUCUCUGUGCAUUAUUUAUUCUGUUUUGCGGUGUAGCAAUGAUCUUAAUUUUUUGUUAACAGUAUUUCAGAACAAUGUUCCACAUA